AUGAUUUUACCCACUGAAUUAUUGGAAGAUAUUAGACAGUCAUGGGUUAAUGACUUUACCAUACAACAGCUGAUUACAGACCUUCAGGAUAGCCCUUUUUCACACAUCCACUAUACAUACCAUUUUGAUCAACUAAGACGAAAUGGGAAGCUAGUGGUGGGGAAUGAUGUCCAUUUAAGGGAGAAAUUGUUGCAGCUUUUUCAUUCAUCAGCUACUGGGGGACAUUCAGGAGCUAAUGUUAUAGCCAGACGUCUCUCUGCUAUUGUGUAUUGGCCUGGUCUUUGGAGGUCAGUUCAAAACUUCGUCCGUGAAUGCAGUAUCUGUCAAAGAUAUAAAUAUGAAACAGUGGCAACUCAAGGAUUAUUGCAACCUUUACCUCUUCCUACAGGCAAUUUUAUUGAUUUGACGAUGGAUUUUAUUGAAGCUAUACAAACAACUCCAUUUGAGGCCCUUUAUGGUGUACCACCACCCCUCUAUGUCCCUUAUGUGCAUGGAGAUUCUCAUGUGGAAGCUGUUGAUCUUUAUAUUCGCAGUAGAGAAACUGCCAUUGCCCUACUCCAGCAUCAUCUCCAACAAGCUAUGAACAGGAUGAAGCAACAGGUGGACAAACAUCGCACUGAUCGUGAGUUUGAUGUGGGGGAUAUGUCUGCUUAUAGGCUUCGUCUUCCAUCUGAUGCUAUUAUCCAUAAUGUUUUCCAUGUCUCUCUUUUGAAACCUGCCUAUGCUUCCAUUGCAGCUUCAUCAGAGCUUCCUCCAAUGUCUCGUCAAUCCGUCAUACAGCCACAAGCUAUUCUUGAUCGACGAAUAGUGAAGCGUAAGAAUGCCACUGCAACUCAACUACUUGUCCAUUGGCAAGGUUAUUCACCAGCAGAUGCAACCUGGGAGUUUACUGAUGACUUCCAACUGCAUUAUCCAUUUUUUUCCUUGCGAACAAGGAACCUUGGGGAAGGGAGUAUUGUUACAAAUUGUAAUGGAAACAGUGCGUUUGAUGGAGGCGGGAAUCAAUAA